GCCAAGGAAAGCACACCCUGAGCCUCCUCUGUUCUCUUCUUUUUAAUUUCCAUUUCAAAGGCAGGCAAAAAGGAAGUUUGUUUUCAUGUUUUAACAGAUAAUAAAGUAAACAAAAAGUAGUAGGGGGCCAAAACCAUAACAACAACUACUGACACUUCUCCUUUUUCUUCUUCUUCUUCUUCUUCUUCUUCUCUUCUGACUCUCUGUAAGGAUUGUCUUUUAAAAACCCCACAUCCCAAACCCCCCACUAAAUGCUAGAAACCCCCCCUCCCUUUUUCACCAUGAAAUUGAAUAGAGAAAAAUCUAAAGGUAUCCCUUCAUCGGAUUUGUUGGUUUGUUUUCCUUCCCGAUCGCAUUUGGCUUUAAUGCCAAACCCACUUUGUAGUCCAGCCAGAGGGUCUGAUUCCAGUAAGUUUCGUCUUGAUUACCGCCGAUAUCACCGGCGGAGGAAAUCCGCCGAGAGUCCCGUGGUAUGGGCGAAAGCCAAGACGAUGGGAUCCGAGAUUUCGGAACCGUCGUCACCCAAAGUGACUUGUGCAGGGCAGAUAAAGAUCAGGCCCAAGAAUAGCAAGAGCUGGCAAUCGGUGAUGGAGGAGAUAGAGAGAAUUCAUAACAGGAGAAAAUUACGAAGAAGGAGGUUUAAUUGGAUUGAAUCUUUUGGUUUCAAGAAAGAUAUUAUGCAAUUCUUAACGUGUCUACGAACUAUGCGGUUUGAUUUUAGGUGUUUUAGAGCUUUUCCAGAAACAGAUUUCACCACUGAAGAGGAAGAAGAAGAGGAAGAAGAAGAAGAAGAAGAAGAAGAGAAGAACCAAGUGGGUAUUGAAGAAAAUGAAAGCUCGAGAACUGCAUUUUCUAAAUGGUUUAUGGUUUUACAGGAAAAUGGGAGUAAUGAGUUGAAGAGAGAUAGCAAUAGUCGCUGUUAUGAGGAUGAUGAAUCGAUUGAGGCAACAAUGGCGCCACCCAGAAACGCCCUUUUGCUCAUGCGUUGUAAGUCUGCUCCGGCAAGAAGAUGGAUGGAAGAAGAAUCUGAAGAAGAAGAUGAUGAAAAGGAAAAGGAGAAGGAGAAGGAAAAGGUGAAGGUGAAGAAAAGCUUGAAAUGGCUAAUGGAGGAAGAGAACAGAGAGAGAGUGGUUAUGGAAAUGGGGACUGAUUUCUGCAGAAUGAUAUCGGAUAAUGCAAAAGAGUUUACAAGGAGUCAAAGUUGGAAAGUUUGAUGAUCACAGGUUAAGGAAGACAUGAAUUUCACCUUCAUUAUGUUUUUAAAAUUUUUUCAUGAUUCGAAUAUUUUUCAAAAUUAUUGAGUAUGAAUUUGUUAGUAUUAUUUGUUUUGGUUGAUUGUUGUACAGAAUUUAUAAUUUUGUUGGAGAGGAUUUUAUUGUAAUGUUCAUGUAUGAGAUAAGGUUGAGGUCAAAUGGAAUGUUGGGUUGUUAAUCUCGAGUGUUGGAUAGAGAAUGAUGAAAUGUAAUUAUGCAAAAGGGUUUUAUUUCUUAAUCUUAUUUGUAUCUUUUCCGUU